AUGAUUGGCCAAAGCGUCGAAUACAACCAUGUUACGCUCGGAGAGAUCAUGAGCAAACGGCUGUGGAGCAUUGUCAAGGUCCUCAUCAGGCCAUCGAUAUCCUUCGUUGGAACCUUGAUUCUCUCGAUUUGGGGAGUGCCCAAGUGGUUCGCGAGAACGAUCAUGAGAAUGUUCUGGCAAGCGGGAGGCGCCUCGGCGAUUUGGAGAGAGAGACCAAUUGUUUCGAAUGCGGAGUUCUGGUCAAUCGCGGCGGUUAUGGUCGCUGUUUGGUGGCGGCAUCGUGGGGCUGCGCCUAGAGAUGCCAGGCGUCAAGUGGAACUUAAAAUGGAAAAACUCGCAGGUUGA